CGGCUGCUAUUCUGCUAAACUAGAAACCGGACUCUCUCUCUCUCUUCUCCCAGGUUUCUGUCCCUCUCUACUCUGAGUCUCAGCUCUGAGCUUCAGAGAUCGCAAAAGGCGAUUGCAGUUCAAAUUUGUUCUUCUUUAAAGGCCGUCUGAAAAAUAACUUAAGUUCUUUCCAGUACAAUACAGAAUUGUUUUCUUACUUACAAGGUAUAUAUAUAAAUUAUUUAGAUUGGUUGGUGACGGUGAAUUCCAUUCCCGAUCCAGGUGGGGUGCGUAGAAAUGUUUAUCUGCUUUUUUGUUAGGAUUUGAAUUCGAAGAGUGUGCGGGUGAAAUUUUGGUGUGUGUAUAGAUACAGUUAGUUGCUGGUGAAAUAAACAGCGGCUUUUGAUGAGGGUUUGAAGAAGGAGCUUGGGGUUUUUUUAGUUGUAUUUUUGAAGAUUUUUGUAGGGAACAGAGAUGGAAGGAAGGGGGUAGGUGUUAGAAGAGAGAUGGAAGAAUCUGAGCUUGAAGAAGGGGAGGCUUGCUUUUAUGAGAAUAAUGGCGGUGACGAAAAUUCAUUCGUUGACCCUGAUGCUCUCACCCACAUUGAAGAAAAAAUCCAAGAUGUUUUAGGGCAUUUUCGAAAAGAUUUCGAAGGUGGUGUUUCUGCUGAGAAUCUCGGGUCAAAAUUUGGGGGGUAUGGUUCAUUUUUACCCCCUUAUCAGAGUUCACCUUCUUGGUCUAAUCCAAGGACUACGCCAGAUGUCCCGAACAAUAACAUACUAAGAUCCCCCAAAAAUCUGAACCUUGAGGUUGGUAGGCAAAAUUCAUUAGUUUCAUCUAGCACUUCUCUGUCAGCAAGACUUGGUGCAGCUCCCACAAAUUCUGUACUUGUACCUGCAACCAGGGCUUCUAUUGCAAAUGUAGAUGCCAAAAUUGGGACACAUCCCGCACGGGCUGAAGAAUCUACUUUAAUAUGUAAAAAUCCUAAAAAGCGUGCAAGUUCUUCUGAUCAGAAAUGUCUGAAGGUGCGCAUCAAAGUUGGAUCUGAAAAUUUGUCAACUCAAAAGAAUGCUGAAAUCUAUAGUGGACUCGGCCUUGAUGUUUCUCCAUCAUCAUCGUUGGAUGAUAGCCAUGACGAUAGUGAAGGGUUAACUCGUGACCCAUGGGAUGCCUCAGAUGAAUCCCCUACAAGCAUCAUUCAGAUUAUGACCUCAGUUCCAUUUCAUGGUGGCUUGUUGUUAUCUCCUCUAUCUGAUGAUUUGAUUCUUUUGACGGAAAAAGAUAGUCUUCAGGGAAAUAGUGUAUGUAAACCCCUGAGCAAGGCCUUCAUAGAAACUUCUGGGGUGAUGUUAAAUGGCUCUGGUUACACAGUGGGUAAUGGGAAAAUCUUGGAAGAGAGGAAGUUGAAGUCAUUUGAGAAAAAUGCUAAUUGUAAUGACAAUGGCAUUCAGGAUUCUGUAGGUUUACCAUCAAAGAAGGAAAUUGAUGUUGGUAUUUUGAGUUGUGAAGAUCUCAUUUCUAAGACUUUGAAACUCCCCCUUUUGAUGAGCUCAUGUACAACUGUUUCUGAUCCUAUUAAGCACUCCAAGCCAGUUGAUAGUCUGAGAACUGAUCUUCAUUGUAUGGUGAAGGAAGAGAGCUUGGAUGGUGCCCCCAAGGAUGUUUUUCAGCCCAUUUCUGGUAUGGAGACUGACCGAACUGAAAAGUCUAAUCGAAAGGGUAAUUCAUGUGGAGGGGCUUGGGAAAGUAAAAAAUCAAAUCGUUUUGACAACAGCACAGGGUACUCAAAUAAAGAGGGCAACUAUGGAGUACAAGCUGAUGUUUCAGCCAAUGCUCGGCAGAACAAAGACAGAAAGGCUCUUAAUACUGAUUUCCUUGGUAUACCAGAGCUAUCUGGUUGUUGGAAGGUUGCCUUAAACAAUGAGGAUGACUUGAAACUGGCUAAUGGGAAGGAACAGGUUACAUCUGGAGGCAAAAAGAAACUUCGAGGAAGUCAGGUUCAUGAUGCUGAUGGUGGGAAGGUGUUAAAUGAUGGUUUUGUAACUGAUUCUUCUUUGACACACAAGCGUAAAAAGAGCUCUUCUAGCAACACCAGUACAUCUACACAUGAUUCAGACGAUUUCAAGAACCAUAUAAGAGCUAAAAGUACUUAUAGGGAGUUAUUUGGGGACCUGGAAGUUGAAGCAGAAGAUGAAAUUGGUCUUGGGAAAAUGCAUAAAUUGGAAAUGCCCAACGAUUCUGGUGAUAUUGGGAAGACAACCCUGGUAGAGUACAAUGACACAGUGAAGGAAAGAUCUAAUGCUUCAAAGAUUGAGAAGUCAUUUGCAUCAGCGGAGCAGCCUAGGUUAGCUUCAGACAUGAAUGCUCCCUGUGGAAAUGUGACCAAUCUUACUUUUGGUCCAAGUGAUCCAACAGCAGAGGCUCCUGUACUUAAAGAAGAUUGGGUAAUGUGUGACAAGUGUCAGACAUGGCGUUUACUUCCAUUUGGUAUUGAUCCUCGGAGUCUACCCAAGAAGUGGCAUUGCAGGAUGCUUGACUGGCUGCCUGGGAUGAACCAUUGUGGUAUUAGUGAGGAAGAGACAACUAAGGCUUUGAGAUCCCUCCACCAGUUCCAUCCUGCUGCCACAACUGCCUCUACUUUUGAGACUGAAAACAAUGAUCACCAAAAUCCUGGUGGGAAUCUUUUAGGAGUAGCUUCAGUUGAUGAUUUGCAUUCAAAUCAUAUGCACGUUACAGAUGCUAGUGGAAAGAAGAAACAUGGGUCAAAAGUUUUGCCGAAUGAAAACAAACAGGAUUGCCCUACACAGUUUUCUGACAAAACAAAUGAGAAUUUUCAAGCGAUCCAAAAUAAUAACAGUUUAAACAACACCAUCCAAUCUUCAGUUGAUGAAAAUAGGUAUCAUAAGUACUCAGGCCAAUCUAAUACCUCAAUGAUGGAGAAGGGAAGACAAAAACAGAAAGAGAGGAAAAAGUUGCUGAACAACCACUCUGAUGGAGGUGACAAAAAUGCAAAACUGAGGAAUAAAAACGAGAAAAAUUUAGAGAGUUCUACAGCCUCCAAGAAGAUGAAAAGAGAUGAUUUAAAUUAUAAUGAUGAAAAUUGGAUAGUUGACAUUGCUGGGGAAAAAACAACACGUAGCUCAAGCAACAGUUUGUCACGAAGUGCAUUCGUGAAGGAUCAAAAUAAAAAUAAAUAUAAGGAUUCAAAUAUUGAUGAAAAGAAAAGUGUGGUUCCAGAUAGAAGCCCACAGAUUCAUCUUCCAUUGAGUUCAAGUGAUGGUUCUGUGCAUGUGGGGAAGUGUGACAUUAAAGACUCAUUCAAGAAGAGGAAAGAGAAUGAGUGCCAGUAUGCAGAGACCUGUAAUAAAAUGUUUCCUGGUGUAGGAUGUAAUUCCCGAGAUACUACUGAUUUAGUGGAAGAAAUGUGUGAAAAUGACCAAAGGAAAGGAAAGAAAGGAAGGAAAUCCCACUCUGUGAUGAAAGAUUCAAGUGGAAAGAAAUCCAAUGAAGGAAAUGGUGAAAGGGGUAGAAGUAAGGAGCAGCAGCAAGUAGUAGGGCAGCACCUGGAUGGCACCAUGUCUCAGCAGAGCUUAGAUGCUAUGGGUUCUUUAAAAAGGGGCUUGAGGCCUAUGGGAACUUUGCAGCCCUCUCCGGCUGCCACCUCAAGUUCUUCUGAAUUUUCUGGCUUACAGAAAAACAAAACCAGUCUCCAGGAACUAAGGGCUUCUCCUGUGGAAUCAGUGUCUUCAUCUCCUCUUAGAAUUCCUACAUCAGAUAAGUUUGUCUCUACAAUGAGCCUUGACAGAAAAGAUGAUUGUCAGGAUGCUGGACUUUUCUCUGUGCUUAGUCCACGAAGAUCUUCAGAUGGGGAAGAUGAUGGGAGCAGAUAUCAAUAUCAGAUUCUUAAGAAGGAUCAAAAUCUUGAUGUGAGGCAUCAAGGGUCCUUUUCGGGUCAUAUGCCAUGUGCUAAAUUGAGCCAAUACACCCUACAUUCUCCUGAUACUGCAAAUCCUCGUGAUGCUGCUGUACGUACAGAUCCCUUACCUCAGGGUGACCACUAUGCUUUUAAGGCACAGAAUUUGGAGAAAGACCUGGAUGAUAAGGACGGAAGGAAUGGCCAUCACCAUAAUAACAGUGGAAUAGUCUUGAAGUCUGGGAAGGGUUCCUCUUCAAGGCCUAAAGACAGGAGCCAGAGUUAUAGGUCUGAUUAUGACAAAGGUACUGACAAUGAAUCUUCUGGUCAAAUAGCUUACUCUGGCAAAAAAUUAAAAGCAGGACAAAACAAAUUUCAGGACACGGACAGGAGUGGUAUUGGUUCAGAUAAGAUUGAGAAGAAACCCAUUCCUGAGAAGGAUCCUUCAAGAAAGUCGUUGAACAAGGUUGUUAAGGCAUUGUGUCGCUCAAAAUGUACUGACAAUAAUUGUACUGAUGUUAGAAUGGAUGGUUCUGAGAAGCAGGCUUUGCUUUCAGAUAGUGAUGAUGGAAGGUUGACUAAGAAGCCUUUUUCUGACAAAGAAGAAGGAAUUGCAAGCUCUGGGAGAGGGAAACCACUUCCAGUAUUAGCAGAUAGUGGUAAAAUUGGGCUAACAGCAGGUUUACAUCCAGUUUCUGGAUCUCAAAAAGAUGCAGCAAAUUUGUUGUCGGUUGAUACUUUUGAGGGGGAUGCUUCAAAGGCUAAACAAGGUAAGGAAGAUCAUAGCCAGAGUAGGGACCAACCUACUAGUUUGCAGCACAACAGUCCAAAUAUUCGCAAGUUCCGAGAUCUUGAUGCUCCCAGUCCUGCUCGAAGAGAGCCCUCCAGUCAAGCUGCUACAAAUGCUGUAAAAGAAGCUACAAACCUGAAACACCUUGCUGAUCGCCAAAAGAAUUCUGGAUCCAGUGAAAGCACUAGUCUUUAUUUCCAAGCUGCUUUAAAAUUUCUCCAUGGAGCCUCUUUAUUUGAAUCAUGCAAUACCGAUAGCAUGAAGCACAAUGAGAUGACUCAAUCGAGACAAAUUUACAGCAGUACUGCAAAACUCUGCGAAUUUUGUGCUCAUGAAUAUGAAAGAUCCAAGGACAUGGCUGCUGCUGCUCUUGCCUAUAAAUGCAUGGAGGUUGCAUAUAUGCGUGUAAUUUAUUUCUCACAUACCAGUGCAAACAGAUACAGAAAUGAAUUACAAGCAGCUUUGCAAAUCUUUCCACCAGGUGAAUCCCCACCCUCUUCUGCCUCUGAUGUUGAUAAUUUAAACAAUCCAUUGGCUGUAGACAAGGUUGCCUCGGCUAAAGGUGUUGGUUCUCCACAAGUCACAGUAACGCAAGUUAUUACAGCAAGAAAUCGUUCCAACUUCAUGCGGCUUCUCAAUUUUGCCCAGGAAGUUAGUCUUGCAAUGGAUGCCUCCAGAAAAUCAAGAGCUGCUUUUGCAGCUGCUAAUCCAAGAAAAGGAGAGGCUCUGUGCAAAGAGGCUAUGUUAUCUGUUAGAAAGGCCCUGGAUUUCAACUUCCAGGAUGUGGAUGGAUUUCUGCGUCUUGUACGCAUCGCAAUGGAAGCAAUAUAGCGCUGAAAUGUAAGCAUGCAAAACAUGUUUUUGCUCCACUCUGUUGAUACAGUGGACGCAGAUAGGCUGGAUCAUUUAGAAAGAGAUUUACCAGGAUGACUGAAAUUCCAAUAUGAGACCCAUCUAUUUUUGACCCUGUAUGUAUAGCCAUAGCUGAAUUCUAGUUGAGAUAUUCUUUAAUGCCUCGGGUUUCUUCUAAAUAAGGAUCUUAGAUCCAAGAGGUAGUGGUUUGAUACCUGACAGAAACCCAUAACAUAGCGAACUCAUUAUUUGAUUACUGAUCCUGGUAACCCGUUUCUCCAACCAUGAGUCAUGAGCAUCAGGAUUGACUUUUAGGCUCUCAGGUCAUUUGUACAGUUUAUGCUUUGCAAUUGAGCUCUUGAUAGAUUGUUGUUUACAUAAAGGCGGAAGAAUGACUAAAUACAUACAGCUCUAAAAUGCAAGACCAGCAGUUGUUCUGGUGUAUGGCUUUGCUAGUUUGCUUCAAUAGGGUGGUUGUACAGAUGGUCUGCUCUCCAGACCAAAGUCCUUUGCGUACAGGAAGACAACAAUUGCAGCCACCACUGUCAUGUUCCAAAGAAGGGUAUGUGAUGGCAAAAAUUUUGUUUCCAGAGUUCCCCUCCCAGUUGGACAAAUUGGUACAGCUGUUCUCCAUUUUUUUAACCUGCUACUGUAAGUAUCAGAAAAUGCUUGUUUUAAUCUAUAUGGUGAAAACUGAAAAGCUAGUUAGAAAUUAGACAGUUAUAAUGUAAGAUGUUUAGUGCUGGAAAUUUUAUCUGUAAUCAAAACUGUGUAUAUGCUUCUCAACUUUAAUGUUAUAAUUCAAAAAUGUGAAAAUUGAUAUUUCACAUCACCUUCCAACUAGAAUGGCAAACUAUUUAGAUUAUGAUUGU